GGGGAUAGCGGAACGGACCCGGAGGAGAUGGAGGGCGAAGGAGCCCCUUCGUGGCGGGGUGGGCCCGGGGGGCUGAUCCGAGAGCUGUGCCGCUCCUUCGGUCACUACAACCGGCACCUGGCGAGGCUGCAGCACAACCUGCGAGAGACCAAGAAGUUCUUCCGCGACGUCAAAUACUCCCAGGGGAACCUCUUCGCCUCGGGAGCGGCCAUCGGAGAGGGAUCCCCGAGCGGGGCCGGGGGCGGCGGAACGCGGGAUGGCGGGCAGAACUUCAUUUCCUUCCCUCGCCACGAGGAAGAGCACCUCCAGCAGACUGUGAGCUGGCACCCUUGCCUCCUCAUUCUUGGCCAGAACUGUAAUGCCAAAUGCCAGUUACUCAACAUACUGCUGGGUGAGAAGCUGCUGCCUACCACUAAAAUCAGCAGUGAGGAGAACUGUAAGCGGCGGCGGAUCCGUUUCACCCAUGGGACACAAACACGGGUUAGUCUAGCACUUCCUGAGCAAUAUGAACUGGUCCAUAUGAUGGCAGCCCACCGAGGGCACUGGGACACCAUCCCUGAGGAGGACUUAGAAAUCCGUGGGGACAGUGAAGAUCCUGCUCACCGCAUAGCAGAGCUGGAGGUCGUGCUGCCAUACUCGCUGCUAAAGGAGGUGGAUGUUGUGGUAGCACCAUGUCGUGGAUUCCAGUCUGCUGAAGCCACCCUGGAAGAGUACAUGAACCAGGUCUUGCUUAUUGUCAUCUUUGCCAUCAGCGAGGCUGAACUUUCUUCAUCAGAUGAGAAUGAACUGCGUGAAAUCAAAGAGAAAUUCUCUUUGCCCAUUUUCUUCUUCAAGGUGCCGGAGUCAGGAGUUGAGCUGAUCUCUCCUAAAAAAACUGAUAACGAAAAGUCCUCUCUUUACUGCCAGCUGAUGGACUUGGAGUACCUGAGCACCAACCACUGCAGCUGUGGGGCACCCAGCCCUGAUGCUGUUGCCCAAAGCAUGUUGGUGGAGCAGCUGGAGAAGCUCCGUCUCCUAAGCACUUUUUCCAGGCAGGUGCUGCAGAAGCAUCUCGUGGAAGCAGCCACCAGUUUAAAUGAGGUUCACUGCCGCUGCCUCAACAUCUUCAUCAACCAGGCUUUUGACAUGCAGCGGGACUUGCAGAUCACCCCCAAGAGGCUGGAGUAUACCCGCAGGAAGGAGAACGAGCUCUAUGAGUCUCUGAUGAACAUUGCCAACCGCAAACAAGAGGAGAUGAAGGACAUGAUCAUAGAGACUCUUAGCAAUAUGAAAGAGGAGCUCUUGGAAGAUGCUGCUAAUAUGGAAUUCAAAGAUAUCAUAAUUCCUGAGAAUGGGGAACCUGUGAGCUCCAAGGACAUAAAGUGUUGUAUUAAACAAAUUCAGGAGCUGAUUAUUUCUCGGUUAAACCAAGCAGUUGCCAACAAGUUAAUUAGUUCAGUGGACUAUCUGCGAGAGAGCUUUGUAGGGACUCUGGAGAGAUGCCUGAAGAGCCUGGAGGAGUCCUGGGAGGUUUCAGUACACCCUGCGAGGAGUUUGGAGAAGUCAAAGGAUGUUUCUGUACACAUCACAAGCAAUUAUCUCAAGCAGAUACUGAAUGCAGCCUAUCAUGUUGAAGUCACAUUCCACUCUGGCUCAACAGUAACCAGGAUGCUGUGGGAACAGAUCAAACAGAUAAUCCAGCGGAUUACAUGGGUCAGCCCACCUGCCAUCACCAGUGACUGGAAGAGGAAAGUUGCUCAGGAUGCUAUUGAGAGCCUCAGUGCAUCCAAGUUAGCCAAGAGCAUUUGCAGCCAGUUCAGGACCAGGCUAAACAGUUCCCAUGAGGCUUUUGCAGCUUCCCUGCGGCAGUUAGAAGAUGGCCAUUCUGGCAGGCUGGAGAAAACAGAAGACCUGUGGCUGAAGGUGCGGAAGGAUCAUGCCCCUCGGCUAGCACGACUGUCUUUGGAGAGCAGGUCCCUCCAGGAUGUGCUGUUACAUGGCAAACCAAAGUUGGGCCGUGAGCUGGGCCGAGGACAGUAUGGCGUGGUCUAUCUGUGUGACAGCUGGGGAGGGCAUUUCCCCUGUGCACUGAAAUCUGUUGUUCCUCCAGAUGAGAAGCACUGGAAUGACCUUGCACUUGAGUUUCACUAUAUGAGGUCUCUGCAGUCACACGAGCGGCUCGUGCAUCUCCAUGGCUCUGUGAUAGAUUAUGGCUAUGGAGGAGGUUCCAGCAUUGCUGUCCUACUGAUAAUGGAACGGUUGCACAGAGACCUCUAUACAGGACUAAAGGCUGGGCUAGAAUUAGAAACACGAUUACAGAUUGCCUUGGAUGUGGUUGAAGGAAUCCGUUAUCUUCACAGUCAGGGACUUGUGCACCGGGAUAUCAAGCUUAAGAAUGUCUUGCUUGACAAAAAGAAUCGAGCCAAAAUCACUGACUUGGGGUUCUGCAAACCAGAAGCCAUGAUGUCUGGCAGUAUUGUAGGCACACCUAUUCAUAUGGCUCCUGAACUCUUUACAGGAAAAUACGAUAACUCCGUGGAUGUUUAUGCAUUUGGCAUCCUGUUUUGGUACAUUUGUUCAGGACAUGUGAAGCUGCCAGAGGCUUUUGAGAGAUGUGCAAGCAAAGAUCACCUUUGGAACAACGUUAGAAGAGGAGUUCGCCCAGAGCGCCUUCCUGUGUUUGAUGAGGAAUGCUGGCAGCUGAUGGAAGCCUGCUGGGAUGGAGAUUCCUCCCAGCGCCCUCUCUUGGGGAUUGUCCAACCUAUGCUGCAGGGGAUCAUGGACAGGCUCUGCAAGUCGAGCUCUGAGCACCCAAAUAAAGGGUUGGAUGACUCUACUUGAAAAGGAAGCACAGAAGGAUUUUUAACUGUGGGAGAAUUCUGAACCCCUAACUGCAGAUGGCUUCUUCAGAUGCAGCUCUUUGUGGCUAACAUGAGUGGGACAGGUAAUAGCAACCAGAAGAUUGCUCGUAGAGGUGAGACCCUGGGGAUGUUCCAUCUCGAGCAGCAGCCAGAGACAUCUCCCCGGCACACCCCAUUGAUGCUAGUUACCCUGCUGCAGCUUUUAUUAUGGAGUUGUGCAAGUACGAUGAAAGAAAUCCACUCCCCUGAACUGAAAGGGAUUUUUGCCAAUCCCACGCAAACACCAAUCAAACAAAAGCAUCUUGUGUGUUUGGGUAGCAUCUGUGUUGCUAGGAAUUGAUCGUGACAGUCUUUACUGAGUAAAGUAACAGCUCUCUUCCCAUGAACUGAUGGUCCUCGGUGGCCUUCAGUCCACACAUAACUCUAUCCCAAUCACUUAGAGAUUGGCACCAAUUACAGUGCGGUCAGAGGAAAGAGAAAGUAGAGGCUUUAGGCUAGAAGGUGUUCAGAAGCUAAGAGGAUCUGUAUCUGUAUUAGCUUCAUGCAACACUCAAAAUGUUUACAUUGACAGGAGCAAAGCUUCCAUGUUUUACCUAAGGGGGAUUAUCUACUGUUCCACUGCAGUUAAAAGACCCCAAGUUAUAAGCUAUUUAUCUCUUAUGUACCCUUCACCUCUUACUUCUGUAAACAGGCUCUUUUCUGGUAGUUUUGGUUCAUGAUGGUUAUCUGAAUGUCUGAAGAAACCUGACCUUUCUUUCCACAGUCUUCUGGUAAAAUGGGAGACUGCUCAGAUUACAUAGCACAGAAACUUAAAGUCAUUACAUCUAAUGACUGUCCGUGGGGAAAAUGCCAAUUCGUUUUAAUUACAUUUGGGGGUUGAAUUAGUUGUGAUGGCAAAGACAGUUUUAAAUUGUACUAACUAUGACAGACUUUUUAAAAAAAAAUAAGGUUUCUUCAGCUUUUAUAUAAUUUCACGUGCUUGGUGAGAACACAGUCAAGGGAAAACAGGUCAUGCAUUCUUCCUCAGUAGCUUUUGUGUUGUGUCCAUUCAUCUGAUUGCUUCACGCUGGGAUCUCUAAUUUGGCUCUGUUGGUGAGAUUUACUCUCGCAUGCUCUUGCCCUGUGUCUUUUUCAUUUCUGGGCAACAAAUCUGUGGGGUGGAGGCUGAGAUAGAAACUGCACCUUGUUUACUACGUGAGGAAAUAGAGUGGGCAAGUUCUCCCUAGGUUUCCUGUUCUUCCCAGCUGCAGGGGAUGGGCACCCGAUGGCUUUGUUUCCCAGGGAAGCUGGCAUAGUGCAUCCAGAACUGUGGGCACGUGGAAUUACUGCACCUUUCUGUUGGAAUUUAUUGGCUAGUACAUAACAAAAUUACAACUGAUAAUCUGCCUAUUAAACAGCUUGAGCAAAGGAAAGGGAUACGUAAUCCUGCAGUAGUAGUUUAGCUUAAAUCUGUCCUUCUUUGUGCAAUAAACAGACUUAAUGCUUUUUUAUGUUUAAAAAAAAACUUUUUUUUUUACUUGCCUGCACAUAUUAUAAGCAUUUUCCAGUCUGUGAUGGCAUUAACAAUGUGGCUCUAUACAGACACAUCUAUGGCUGCUCCAGCUGAAGGGAGAGCAGCCAAAACUGCAUCUGCAGAAGAACGAAUACUUUUCCAAAGUAGAAUUGCUGGGCAUCACCCUGCCCUGCUGCACGUUCAUGCCACCCGUGACACUAAUAGCAUUAACUCCUUUACUGUGCGUGGUGGUUAUAACCUUAUUUAAAACAAGGAGAGUCAAGGUCAGUCUCUUGCAAUUAAUAGAUAUAACUGGUGUAAAUAAAUGUAUGAAUAAAACUUAAAUCUCUGUAUAUGCAAUUCCAGAAACUUCUUGCAUAGCUUUCCCCACGUAGCCAUUCCCAGACACUCCUCUGCUGCCUUUUCCUUUGUCUCGUUUCCAUUUGCUCUGUUUUCUUGCAUGUGCAGCAUCACAGCUCAGCAGGUUUUCCCUAACUUUGCACUGCUUUCUCUGCACUUCUCCCCAUGGAGUAUGGAGUUCUUCCUGAGAGGAGAGCUUUCACGUAGUUUAUAUUUAAAAUGUCUUUUCAGAGUAAGGUGACCAAGACUAAUAGGAACGGUAUUAAAAGGAACUGUAUUAAAAGAUCCCCCUACCUGUAACCACUGCCACCCGUGGGGGAUGGCACCCCACACCAUAACCCCCCUCCUGGAGCUCUGUCCUACUCCAAGGGCAGCUCAGCCCUAGGAUUGUGGACUCAAGCUUUCUUUGCACAAGUCAGGGAGGUGUUUACGUCCUCGUAGGGACCCAUAGGAAGCAGCAGUAGAGCUGCAAGGUGCAGGAAGGCAGUGCCAGGUGCUGAGCCUUGCUCUGCUAGCACUCAGCCUUCACUUGCAAACACUACGGAGGGAAAGGAGCUGGGAGCAAAGGCUGAGGAUGGCGCAGGGCUAAAGGGCCCAAGCCUUCGUUCAGAGGGUUCCUUCUGCCACUCAAGGGCUGUGGAUCUGCUCCCUCCCAGCCCACGUUACGGACAGCCCCCGGCCUUCAGCUCUGAAGCAGCAAGAAAAUAGGAACUGUUGUGGACCCCGUGUAUUUUGUAUCGCUUUUCUGUGUUACAGUGCUCUGUAUUACGGCGUUAGAACAAAAUGUAACGAGCUUACCGGGCGCGUAGAGAGAAACAGAAGUGCAAUAACCGGGAUCGUCUGCCCUGAGUCGUUGUCUUUUUACUUUGUUUUUGUACUAACCGUGUUCCUGCGCUCCUCGUGCUCCGAGAGACGCGACCGUGAGUUCAGCCCUCAGCGCCGCUGUCAAUAAAACCGCUGAGUCCGCA